GUAAAACAGAUAAUGGAAGAAGCCGUCACCAGGAAAUUUGUGCAUGAAGACAGCAGUCACAUCAUCGCCUUAUGUGGGGUGGUGGAGGUGUGCCUCCUGCACAUGCUGAAACGCAGAGCCGCUGGCUUCCUCCGGACCGAUAAGGUCGCUGCCCUCUUCACCAAAGUUGGCAAGACGUACGCGGUAGCUGGGGACAUAUGCAAGAAAGCGCAGGAGCUGCAGCAGCAGGCGGAAGGCAGGAAAAAUCAGCCGAAUGGCCAGGGAUCCCUCAAGAGGCAGGGCUCUACCUCAAGCAAAACGCCUGUCCUGACGCCGCAGGCCAUCAGACACAUCUGGGUGCGGACAGCCUUGAUUGAGAAAGUGCUGGACAAAAUCGUCCAGUACCUGGUGGACAACUGCAGCAAAUAUUAUGAGAGAGACGCUUUAUUGGCAGAUCCUGUUUAUGGACCAAUCCUAGCUUCUCUCCUUGUUGGGCCGUGUGCACUAGAAUAUACCAAGCUGAAAACAGCUGACCACUACUGGACAGACCCGUCAGCAGAUGAGCUGGUUCAGAGACACCGGAUCCAUGGAGUUCACGGGCACCAGGACUCGCCCUCAAAACGCCCAGCGCUGGGAAUCCGGAAACGGCACUCGAGCGGGAGCAUGUCAGAAGACCGAUUUGCAGCUUCGGCUAGAGAAUACGUGGAGUCUUUGCACCAGAAUUCGAGGACGCACCUGCUGUAUGGGAAAAAUAAUGUCCUGGUCCAGCCAAAAGACGACAUGGAGGCAAUUCUUGGCUAUCUCUCCCUUCAUCAGUCAGCAGACAGCUUGACUUUGAAAUGGACUCCCAAUCAGCUCAUGAACGGAACCCUGAGGGACUCUGAGCUUGAGAAAAGUGUGUACUGGGACUACGCCUUAAUAGUGCCGUUCAGUCAGAUUGUCUGCAUUCACUGCCAUCAGCAACGUAACGGAGGGACGUUAGUCUUGGUGAGUCAGGAUGGGAUCCAGAGACCUCCACUCCAUUUCCCACAGGGAAGUCAUCUCCUUGCUUUCCUUUCCUGCCUGGAAAACGGCCUUCUGCCUCGAGGACAAUUAGACCCGCCACUUUGGUCGCAGCAGGGCAAGGGUAAAGUAUUUCCAAAGCUCCGGAAACGAAACAAUAACAAGUCAGUGGAGCUGGAGGAAAUGCCACACGAGGAGUCUGCUACGGACUAUGUCUUCAGGAUUAUCUAUCCGGGACACAGGCACGAUAACAUAACUAUUAACUACCACCACUUAGCUGCCAGCCGCUCUGCCUCAGUCGAUGACGAUGAGGAGGAGGAAGACCGGCUCCACGCAAUGCUCUCAAUGAUCUGCUCUCGGAACCUCACAGCUCCUAAUAGGAUGAAAGACUCCGGUGACAUGAUAGAGAUGCAAGGAUUCGGUGCGAGCUUGUUGUCAUGGCAGCUGGAGCACUGCAGCCAAGGGUCCUCGUGCCUGUCCUGUUCAUCAGGCAGCUCUCCCUACGACAUCCCCAGCUGCUGCAACUGCAUUCACGACAGAACCCCAUUAAAGAUGCUGUGUGAAAGCAUGAAGAGGCAGAUUGUUUCCAGAGCGUUUUAUGGAUGGCUUGCCUACUGCCGCCAUUUGUCUACGGUGAGAACGCAUCUGUCUGCCCUCGUGAACCACUCCAUUAUCCCGCCCGACAAGCCUUCCAGCGCUGCCGGAGGCCUGACCAAAGAGGUCUGGAGUAAAUAUCAAAAGGACAAAAAGAAUUACAAGGAAUUAGAAUUACUCAAACGAGUUUAUUAUGGCGGCGUGCAGCAUGAGAUUCGAAAGGAAGUAUGGCCCUUCUUACUAGGUCACUACAAAUUUGGCAUGACCAAAAAGGAAAUGGAUCGGGUGGAUGAAGAUAUUGCUCUCAAGUAUCAGAAGGUCAUGGCCGAGUGGAAAGCCUGCGAGGUCAUCGUGAAGCAGCGGGAGAAAGAGUCGCACUCUGCCAUCUUUGCUAAGUUUUCUUCAGGCAGCAGCAUUGACAGCCACGUUCAGCGAUUGAUCCACAGGGAUUCCACCAUCAGCAACGACGUCUUCAUCUCUGUAGAUGAAAUGGACUCAGCAGAGCGAGAUUUAAAAGGGCGGGUUGACCCCGCUUUGACUGUGGUGAACGUCGACACUCCGGUCGCCGUGGCUGCAGCAGAACAGCAGUCAGUAGAAUUUGAUUCUCCCGACUCCGGGCUACCUUCUUCUCGGAAUUACUCGGUCGCUUCGGGCAUCCUGUCCAGCAUCGACGACGGGCAGAGUGUCUGCUUUGAGGACGGGGCGGAGGAAGAAGUUAGCGCGGACUUAGAAAGACCAGAUCUGGACCUGGCCCAGGCUCAGAAAGCCAAGGCGGUCCCCUCAGAGCCUCAGGAUUCUGUAACGGAGGAACAACUGUGCUCCCAGUUGGAUUAUUUAACGUCUGGAGAGGACAUUGGUUCUGUUUGUGGAGCUGCCUAUACAAUAGAAUUACUGGACACUGUUGCCUUAAAUCUGCAUAGAAUCGACAAAGAUGUCCAGAGGUGCGACCGGAAUUACUGGUAUUUUACUGCUGCUAACCUGGAGAAACUCAGAAACAUCAUGUGCAGUUAUGUUUGGGAGCACCUGGAGGUCGGAUACGUCCAGGGCAUGUGUGACCUACUGGCUCCUCUCAUGGUUAUACUUGAUAAUGAUCAACUGGCGUACAGCUGCUUCAGCCACCUAAUGAAGAGAAUGAGCCAGAAUUUCCCCAACGGAGGUGCUAUGGACACACAUUUUGCCAACAUGCGAUCGCUAAUUCAGAUUCUAGACUGUGAGCUCUUUGAAUUGAUGCACCAAAACGGAGACUACACCCACUUUUACUUCUGCUAUCGUUGGUUCCUGCUUGAUUUUAAAAGAGAAUUGUUGUACGAGGAUGUAUUUACAGUGUGGGAAGUUAUUUGGGCAGCAAAGCACAUCUCUUCAGAACAUUUUGUCCUUUUCAUUGCCUUAGCACUAGUGGAGGUCUAUCGCGAGAUUAUCCGUGAUAACAACAUGGACUUCACCGAUAUCAUCAAGUUUUUUAAUGAAAUGGCGGAGCAUCACAAUGCCCAGGAAAUCCUGAUGAUCGCAAGGGGCCUCGUCUACAAAGUGCAAACACUGAUUGAAAACAAGUGA